AUGGCAUUGGACAAUGCCACAAAAAGAGUUGCCUCAUGCCACAUGGAGGAGGCAAGGACAACAGCAACAACAACAACCAGCAGUGAGCUGAGCAGCGAAAGCGAUGGCAGCGAGUUUUUUAGCGAUUCGGAUGCUUGUCGAACUCUCGCCGAUGUCGAGGAUGUGGAAUAUAAAUAUAGUCCAUUAAGUUGUGACUCCGAUGUGGACACUGAGCUGGAUAAUUCCAGUGAUGAAUCCAUUGCUCUUUUGGCCCAUGAGAUUCUCUGCUGCGAACACGACACAGACACAGACACGGAAACGGACAGCAAUGAUGAUGAUAAUGAUAAUGACAAUGAUGAUGAUGAUAAUCUUGAGAUGAAACAUAAUUAUGCCUUGCUCAUGUGCAGCGAGGAUGAUGAGGAAUUUGAUCGUGAUCAGCAAAAGUUAAAGGAGCAGAAACUAAUUCAGAUUAAGCAACAGGGAGCAACCCUUUUGGCCAGUGAGUCAAUAAUCCUUCUCUCGGAACACUCAUCGAAUAAAUCUCACGAUUUGGAGCCAAAGAAACUAAUGGAUUAAUCCAUAACUCGAUUUCGUCAGUGUAAACUUGUAAUGCUUGUAAGCCCAUAAAUACAUCUAUCAAAUGUA